UUCAGACUUCACUCGUGGCUUGGUCUGGAGAGGUAUUUCCUCCCUUGCUCCGUGAUAAAUGAAGCCAUGGCAUGAAGCUGUUGACAGCUAAUAGUGUAGUGGUGUAAAUGGACAGGACUACUAAUGACCCCAAUAACACGGAUAGGAAUUACUGAGCGUAGAAACAUCGUUGAAGUCGUACAUUUUCGGAAUAUUCGUCGAAAUGAAAUCCACGUUGCACCAACUGUAAUUUGUUUCCAGCUGAGAGGAGAUAGCGAGAGAAGGCAAGAGCAUGUCCAGUGCCUAUGAUGAUGGGCCGCUACGCAGCCUGGUCGAUGGGCUGACGGACGAUGAGGGACGAAUUCACCAGGAGGACUUCAGCCGUCUGAUCUGCGAACAAAUGGGUGUGUCUGAAGAGCAAGCCGCAGAAGUUACGCAACAGCUGGACCCGAAUGGCGAAGGCUACAUAGAUGUGGAGUGCAUUUACGAAACGUUCCGAGCGCUAAUACCGCAGUUCAGCUCAAGAAAUUCACUUGCCAGCGGUACUGGUGUUGAGGAAACUGACUGUGUGGACGAUGGCGAAGACGAUGGUGGCCCGCCGCCGGAGUUGCCAAGCAGUCCCGAGCCCGUGCUGAAUGGAGAAGAGACUGACGAGAACGGAUCUUCUCUACAUCCUGAUCAUGAAGCUUCUCACACGACAUUGAACUCCUUGACAGAGGAGUUUGUUGGCCAGGGAGAGUCGUUCGUGGGCGAGGGAGAAGAUGAUGACGUUAUGUCAGGAACAGUGUCACCAGCCCCGUUCAGAAUGACGUCUCCAAGAAAGGUCAACAUGCUGAGCAGUAUGUCACUCAACGCUAAUAAUUCGAUCCGGAUGCGUCAUUCUCUGUCAGCCACCAGCAUUCAGAGUGCUGAGUUACAGGAUGAGCUGCAUGAGCUACAGGUCCGGCAGAUGGCAGACAAGAUCCAUGAUCUUAGUGAGCAGUUGGCAGCUGUCGGGGAGGAGCGUGAUUCAUCGGACAACUCACAGCGCAAACUAAAGCAAGACUACACCGCAAUGCAGAGCAGAUUGCACCACUUAGAGGAACAAUUACGAGAGAAGGAGGAUAGCCACCACGCCGCUAUUCGCAAUGCCCAGGACAAGAACAAGCUGAAAUUGGCGCACACCGAAAACAAGUUCAAUGGCCAGAUCAGCAGCAUGAAAGCCCAGUUGUCCGCAGCGCAGGAUGAAGCUAGGCAGCUGAAGGCACUGGAAUCAACAUUACGUGACCAGUGCAAGGAAGUGAAGAAGGAUUUUGAUGCUCGAAGCGAUGAAAUCGAGAGCCUAAAGAAGACUUUGAACAAGAAGAACACGGAGCACUCACACCUUGUUGCGCAGCAGCGGCGUGAAACAGAGGGUGCAAGUGCAACUAUUGAGCACCUGCAAGCUCAAUUGGAGGAAGUGACACAGCGCGGUGAGCAGCGGCAUAAGGAAUGUGAGGACCUGAAGAUGAAAAACCAGAAAACGCGGAGCGCAGCCGAGCAAAGCACCAUGGCGACGCAGCACCUUGAAGAGGAGGUCGCACGCCUAAAUAAGGAGAUAGCACGGAUGAACACUCGCAACAGCGACCUCAGUGCACAACUGGUCAAACAAGGCAAGAAACUGAUGGAAUCACCUGAUGAAGGGAAGGAUCCAGAAUCACUAGAAGCUGAGAUGAAUGAGCAAUCUAAGGAUGAGAUUAUGAAGUCUCUGCGGGAGGAGCGGAACUUGGCGAGUCGACUCAAGGAAUAUGUUGACAAUCUUCUCCUCAUCGUCAUGGAGCAGAGUCCACAUUUGCUGGAAGUGCGUGGCAAGUAGUGCUGACUAAGACACCAGCAGCAUUGUCCUACAUACUAUACAUAGUAUAUAUACAGUCACACACACACGUUCAAACUGUCUUUGGUUUUACUUCGCUUACCUAUGUCAAUGCUAGUGCUAUUCCAAAACGGAAGUGAUGAGCGAUGUGCAUGCCAGCACCUCCCCAUAUCUGACAUGUGACACAUAGCAUGUGUGCCUCUUACCUUGAGAUGCUGGCUCAGCUUGCACAACACACAUUGCGCAACAUUGCACGGUUUGCACCCCCCCCCCCCCCUCUCUCUCUCACACACGCACACUCAGCUACCUCGCGUAAGUAUCACAUACGGAGCCCCGAGGAUGACCAUCUCUGCCUUUUCUCAUAGAACAAAAUUAAUACUCUUUAUUUAUAUACCGACUAGAUUCAUAACAUCCUAAAAAGUUGAUUUAUAUAUAUUAUAUCAUGCUUGUAUGGUGGAUUUAGUCUAGUUAAUCUUGCCUCGUUAAAUGAUUGAAAGAUGCGCGGGCAGCAGCUGAAUCCUGCACUUAAUCACCUCGGGUAGAGCUUGUACAUUCGUAGUACCUUUUGUUCUCUUGACAUGUGCACGCAUGCGCCUAUAUUCUGAAUUAUACCUAUAUUCUAGGCAUGUGUAUGACAGCUGGCUGCACACGCCGCACUGCUUGAACAUAGUAACGUUAUCAUAGCCUGCACCAUUACCUGGUGCUGUUUUAGAUUUUUUUAGACGGAUAUUUAGCAGAUAUUAUUUAGUAGAUAUUAUCACUCAUCUAGAUAUUAUCACUCAUCUAGCCGUGCUCUGUGUUUCAUGUGCUACCUUGUUUUCUAUCCGCUUGGGCCGGCUCUCUGCUCCAGCUGCACGUACACGUUUCUAUUUUGUUUCCCAUUCUCCCGGCCGAACAUGACAGCGCCUGCUUUUCUUGCCAGCCCGCCUGCCAUGCUGUGCAGCACCCUGCUCUCCGCUCCCACCACCAUUGCUCUACUCGUCGCGGAUUCUUCUCUUGAUCCUGAUGCACACUUUUAUGCUUUUUGUCAGCUGGUCUUUUUUUUCACCUUUUGGCUUUCACUUGCCAGAGAAUAUUUACACGUGUGUGUGCACGGCCCAUUCGUACGUACAAAUUCUACGUCUGCCAAUUUGUGUCUUAUCUAAUUUUUAACGUUGAAUAUGAAUCAGUGAGGAU